AUGGAAUGCAUCAAGACCUACAACUCUGACUGGCAUGUGGUGAACUACAAGCAUGAAGAUUAUUCUGGAGACUUCCGACAUCUUCCAAAUAAAGUUCCUCGGCCCGAGAAACUAGCUAGUCAUGUAUUUGAGGUGGACGAGGAUGCAGAUAAGGAGGAGGAUGCCGCCUCAUUGGGCUCUCAAAGAGGGGGCGUGUCCAAACACGGCUGGCUGUAUAAAGCAAACAUGAACAGUGCCAUCAGUGUUACAAUGAGGUCUUUUAAGAGAAGGUAUUUCCAUUUGACCCAGCUGGGAGAUGGAUCAUACAACUUGAACUUCUACAAAGAUGAGAAAAUAUCUAAAGAACCCAAGGGAACCAUCUUCUUGGACUCCUGCAUGGGUGUCAUCCAGAACAGUAAGGUGCGUCGUUUCGCAUUUGAGCUGAAGAUGCAGGAUAAAAGCACUUAUCUUCUGGCUGCAGACGGCGAAGGAGAGAUGGAUGACUGGAUUAACACCCUCAACAAGAUCCUCCACAGCAGCUUUGAGCUCGCCAUGCAGGAGAGGAGGAAUGGAGAACUGCACGAUGAUGAUGAGCUGGGCAAGACAGACAUCUCACCGGGGAAUUUUCAGGACAGUUUCCAGAGUGCAAGAGACAUUGAGUCCAAGAUGAGGAGUGAAACUCGUCUGAAACUCUUCACUCUGGACUCUGACACACAGAAACUCGAUUUGUCUGGCAUUGAACCUGACGUGAAGCAGUUUGAGGAGAAGUUUGGGAAGAGAGUUUUGGUGAGCUGCAAUGAUCUGUCCUUCAACCUUCAGAGCUGUGUAGCAGAGAAUGAGGAGGGUCCUACUACUAACGUGGAGCCCUUCUUCGUGGUGCUUUCACUGUUUGACGUGCAGAACAGCCGAAAAAUAUCUGCAGAUUUUCAUGUGGAUCUAAACCACCCACUGGUCCGAUCCAUGAUCCCACCUCCCAGCAUGCAGAUAAAUGGAGGGAUGGACACACCUCACCAAGAAACGCUGCUUAGUGAACUGCCAGAGGGGAUGCUGCAGUACCCCAAAAAAGGUGUCUUCUCUGUGACGUGUCCUCACCCUGACAUCUUCCUGGUUGCUCGAAUCGAGAAAGUUCUGCAGGGAGGGAUUACUCACUGCGCUGAGCCCUACAUGAAGAGCUCUGACUCCAGCAAGGUUGCUCAGAAGGUUUUGAAGAAUGCCAAGAUGGCCUGCAGCAGACUGGGCCAGUACAGGAUGCCUUUCGCAUGGGCAGCUCGGCCUGUGUUUAAAGAUGCCUCAGGGACUUUGGAUAAAAGCGCUCGGUUCUCCGCGCUGUAUCGGCAAGACAGUAAUAAACUCUCAGAAGAAGAUCUUUUCAAACUGCUGGCGGAUUUUAGGAAACCUGAGAAGAUGGCUAAACUACCCGUCAUCUUGGGUAACCUGGAUGUGACCAUUGAUAAUGUCCCUCCUGAUGUGGCUAAUUGUGUCACUCCAUCCUACAUCCCAGUGAGACCUUUUGAGAGUAAUGGGCCGAGCACCGGUGUUCUGUUGGAGGUGGAGGAGUUUGUUCCCUGUAUUGCCAAGUGCUCUCAGCCUUUCACCACCUACAACAAUCAUCUCUAUGUCUAUCCCAAACACCUCAAAUAUGACAACCAGAAGUCUUUUGCCAAGGCAAGGAACAUCGCAGUAUGUGUGGAAUUCAGAGAGUCAGAUGAAGAGGAUGCCCAACCUUUGAAGUGUAUCUAUGGUUGUCCAGGAGGUCCUCUCUUCACCAAACAUGCCAAUGCAGCAGUACUGCACCACCAGCAGAACCCAGAGUUUUAUGAUGAGAUAAAAAUUGAGUUGCCCACACAACUUCAUGAAAAGCAUCACCUGCUCUUCACUUUUUACCACAUCAGCUGUGACAGCAGCACAAAGAAGCGGGACAUAGUGGAGACCCCAGUGGGCUCUGCCUGGCUUCCUCUGCUUAAAGAUGGUCGUGUUGUUAUGAGUGAGCAGCACAUCUCUGUGGCGUCCAACCUACCAAAUGGUUACCUCAGCUGCCAGGAGGGUGUAAGCAAGCACUCUAGUCCUGAGAUAAAGUGGGUGGAUGGAGGACGUCUUCUUUUCAAAGUGUCUACACAUCUGGUCUCUACCAUCUACACGCAGGAUCAGCACCUGCACAAUUUUUUUCAUCAUUUCCAGAGUAUGCAGUCUGGUGCCACCCAUCCAACUGAGGGUGAGCUUGUCAAAUACCUCAAGAGUCUUCAUGCCAUGGAAGGUCAUGUUAUGAUCAACUUCCUGCCGACUAUUUUAAACCAGCUGGUUCAUGUUCUGACCAGCACCAGUAAUGAGGAUGUGGCUGUAAACACCACCAGGGUCAUGGUCCACAUUGUUGCUCAGUGCCAUGAAGAGGGUCUAGAACACUACUUGAGGUCUUAUGUGAAGUACGUGUUUAAAACAGAGUCCUAUUCAACCAAUUACAGUAAGACAGUGCAUGAGGAACUGGCCAAAGCCAUGACAUCCAUUUUAAAGCCUUCAACCGACUUCCUAACCAGCAACAAGCUUCUCAAGUAUUCGUGGUAUUUUUUUGAAGCCCUGGUGAAGUCAAUGGCACAGUACCUGAUGGAAAGUGGCAAGGUUAAGUUGUCCAGGAACCAGCGAUUUACAGCUUCGUUCCACCACGCUGUGGAGACACUGGUGAACAUGCUGAUGCCCCACAUCACCCAGAAGUAUAAGGACAAUCUGGAUGCUGCCCGCAAUGCCGACCAUAGCCUGGCCGUCUUCAUAAAGCGCUGUUUUACCUUUAUGGAUCGAGGAUUUGUCUUCAAGCAGAUAAACAACUACAUCUCCUGUUUUGUACCUGGAGAUCCCAAGACGCUGUAUGAGUUUAAGUUUGAGUUUCUGCGGGUGGUGUGUAAUCAUGAACACUACGUCCCCCUCAAUCUGCCCAUGCCUUUUGGGAAGGGCCGCAUUCAGAGGUUUCAAGCUUUUCUGUGUCACAUUAAGGAGACUCAUGCCAGAAGAGUAGAUCUACAGUUGGACUAUUCACUGACGGAUGAUUUCUGCAGGAAUCACUUCCUAGUGGGUUUGUUAUUGAGGGAGGUGUGUGGGGCUCUUCAGGAGUUUGGGGAAGUCCGUCAGAUCGCCAUUCAGGUUCUCAAGAGUCUGAUGAUCAAACACACAUUUGACGAUCGCUAUGCCUCAAAGAGUCAGCAGGCCAGGUUGGCGACACUCUAUCUACCCUUGUUUGGGUUACUGCAGGAGAACGUUUACAGAUUAAAUGUGAGAGACACGUUUAAUUUUAACACCAACCAGAAUGGGCGAGAUGAACAUCUUGCCAGCAUCUCUACAGUAACACCCCAAAAACCUGUUGGUAACCUUGAAAACAGCCUUCAUAAAGAUGUAUUUGGGGUCAUCUCAGGAACUGCCUCUCCUCACACCUCUAUGCCUAACAUUGGCUCUGUGCGCCACGCUGACUCUCGAGGUUCUCUGGUCAGCACAGACUCAGGAAACAGCAUCCCUGAGAAGACCAGCUCUUUCGAUAAGCCGAAAGAGAGGUUUACACGUAGACACACCCUCACUGUGUUGCCCCUCCCCCUUGAACCAGAGGACUCCUCCCCUCUCAGCCGGGCAGCCAAACGUGUCACAAUGGAUUUCUCACUGCUUUCAAGCCCCACCCUCGACGAUAACGACACUAACAGAAUUACUGACACCAUACAAGUAGAGCAACCCACCCAAUCAGCCUCCGCUCUUGGUAGCUCUAUGCUGCGCUGUGAUAAAUUGGACAGAGAAGAAAUCAAAAACCUGCUCAUGUGUUUCCUCCAUGUUUUAAAGAGCAUGUCUGAAGAUGCCUUAUUUACAUACUGGAACAAAGCCACAACCUCUGAGCUGAUGGACUUUUUCACGUUAGUAGAAGUGUGUCUGCAUCAGUUCAGGUAUAUGGGGAAGAGAUUCAUUGCCAGAAGCCAGGAUGGGGUGGGGUUUAUGGCUCCGGACAGGAAGUCGUUGACUCUUCCUGUUUCUCGUAACAGAGGGGGCGUCAUGCACACACGCUUACAACAGCUGGGCAGCCUGGAGAACGCACACACUUUCAACCACACGUAUUGCCAUGGUGAUGCUGACACGUGUCUCCUGGAGGCUAACGUCUCAACGGAGGUGUGCUUGACUGUGCUGGACAUACUCAGUGUUUUCAUUAUGGGCUUUAAGACUCAGCUGUGUGCAGAUUUGGGUCAUAACCCACUGAUGAAGAAGGUUUUCCAGGUGCACCUCUGUUUCCUUCAGAUCCCCCAGUCAGAGAUGGCACUGAAGCAGGUCUUCACCUCCUUACGUACCUUCGUUUACAAGUUUCCCUGUACGUUUUUUGACGGACGGGCGGAUAUGUGUGCCUGUUUGUGCUAUGAGAUCCUGAAGUGCUGUAAUUCCAAACUGAGUUCCAUACGCAGUGAUGCUGCCCACCUGCUCUAUUUCCUCAUGAAGAGCAACUUUGAGUACAAUGGCAGGAAGUCCUUUGUCCGAACACACCUGCAGGUGGUGAUUGCGGUGAGUCAGCUGAUUGCUGAUGUCAUUGGGAUUGGAGGGACACGCUUCCAACAAUCACUGUCCAUCAUUAAUAAUUGUGCCAACAGUGAUAAAACUGUAAAGCACACUGCUUUCCCCUCGGAUGUGAAGGACCUGACCAAGCGGAUCCGGACGGUACUGAUGGCCACUGAGCAGAUGAAGGAACAUGAAAAAGACCCAGAGAUGCUGGUGGACCUUCAGUACAGCCUGGCCAAAUCCUACACCAGCACCCCCGAGCUGCGCAAAACCUGGCUGGAUAGUAUGGCCAAAAUCCACGUGAAGAAUGGAGAUCUGUCUGAGGCAGCGAUGUGUUACGUGCAUGUGGCAGCACUUGUGGCUGAGUACCUGAAGAGGAAAGGAAUGUUCCGGCAGGGCUGCUCAGCAUUUCGUGUGAUCACACCCAACAUUGAUGAGGAGGCAGCCAUGAUGGAGGAUGUGGGCAUGCAGGACGUUCACUUCAAUGAGGAAGUGCUGAUGGAGUUGUUGGAAGCUUGUGCUGAUGGUUUAUGGAAAGCUGAGCGUUAUGAACUUAUUUCAGAUAUCUACAAACUCAUCAUUCCGAUUUAUGAACAACGCAGAGACUUUGAGAAACUGGCCCACCUGUAUGACACAUUACAUCGGGCUUACACUAAAGUGAUGGAAGUGAUGCAUUCUGGGAAGAGGCUACUUGGGACCUUCUUCAGAGUGGCAUUUUUCGGCCAGGUAAGACAAUGCAAUGGUGCAGUGGUUUCAACUAGUCUAGCUAACACAGACAAUUUGAUUGGAUUGAGUUGCACUAUAAAAGGUGGUUUUGGUGAUCUCUGCAGUGUCCUGUGUUCAGAUGGAAAUGAGGGGAGAGAGGGGAAGAGUGAAGCUACACACUGUUUCCCAUAUGUAAAGAAGCGCAUAGCAGUGAUGUAUCAGCACCACACAGACCUGAGUCCCAUCGAGGUGGCCAUAGAUGAGAUGAGCGGGAAGGUGGCGGAACUCAGAGCCCUCUGUGCAACUAUUGAAGUUGACAUGAUCCGCCUGCAACUUAAGCUGCAAGGAAGCAUUAGUGUACAGGUCAAUGCUGGGCCACUUGCAUAUGCCAGAGCUUUCCUUGAUGACGCCUGCGCCAAAAAAUACCCAGAUAAUAAAGUCAAACAGCUUAAAGAGGUCUUCAGGCAGUUUGUUGAGGCAUGUGGACAGGCUCUAGCUGUGAAUGAAAGACUGAUUAAGGAGGACCAACAGGAAUAUCAUGAUGAGAUGAAAGCCAGUUACAAAGACCUGGCCAGAGAGCUUUCACACAUCAUGCAUGAACAGAUCUCCGCUGUGGAGGGCGGAACCAAGAGCUCUCUUUCGGAUUCGCUGCAUAUUUUCAAUGCCAUCAGUGGCACGCCCAGCGGCACCACCCUGCAUGGCAUGCCUAGCUCCGCCUCCACCAUGUGACUCUCACCCCUGGCCUUAAACCUCUGACCCUGCCCGAGCCAGAGAGACGGACAGACAGACUGAAAAGCAUCAAAAGCGAAAGAACAAGAAAAGAAUGGAAUUUCAUUGUCCGACACUCUGAAUGAAUCGCCCAUCAAUCAGCAUCCAGGACUCUGGGAUAGAGCAGGUGUGUCCGGUCUUUGUAAUGUCCAGAUACUAUUCCCAUAUGACGCAUGUAAUUGAAAGAAAGGAGCAUUUGUUCUUCUCUCAUCCACUCCAGUUUCCUGUGGAGACUAUCACUUUUAUUUCUUUCGUAACCAGAACAACUUGAAAAAUCUGCCUUUUUACUUUCACAUUCCUCAAUUUUAAUGCAUCAUUUUUCCAUAUAUUCCCCAAUUCUGUACGUUUUUUGCUGCUCUGUGCUGAGAGAGAGGCUGCGACAUCACUUCCUGUGUCUGAGGCAGCUGCCGUCCACUGAGUAGUAGUGAAGAGAAUAUAA